GACAGCGCCAUUCGUGCCCCUGUUCUUCUUCUAAAUGGGGUCUUCGUUGACCUGCUGAUCGGCGAUCCUGCCAAGCUGUGAGGUUGUGUGUGCAUGCGUGUCGGUGUGAUCCGCUCCCAGUCCUGCCCUGCUCUCCGAACGCGUGCGGGUUCCUCGCAUCAACACCACCCAGGAUGCCCUCCAUAGUAACGCUGGCCACCGCGUUCAGCGGCAUCCUCGCCACUGUUGCCACCGUCCGCGUGCAAGCGGCAUCUGGCAGCAUUCUCGGUGAUGCAGAAGCGCCGCACAGCCUUGAGAAACGUGGCUACCGCCUCAGCUCGAAGUGGGAGUCACCCUCCAGCAUUCUCGCCAACUUUGUCUUUAGCACCAUGGACGACCCCAGCGGCGGCUAUGUGCAGUACGUCAACAAGAGCGUCGCGUUGGCGAACAAUAUGUUUGGAACCGGCACGAAUGGAGGAUUGAAGUUUGGCGCAGACAUGAAGCAGGUCGGCGGCGCUCGGAGGAGCAUCAGGCUCGAGUCUGUCGCUCGUUACGGACAAGGCCUGUACAUUUUCGAUAUUUCCCACAUGCCCACCGGAUGCGGGACCUGGCCCGCGGUAUGGACCUACACAGGUUCCGACGACUGGCCGUAUGGCGGCGAGGUCGACAUACUCGAAGGCGUCAACGGCGUGACGAGCGCGCCGAAUGCGCCGAGCAUGCACACGGGCCCUAAUUGCACAAUGCCAAACAGCAACUCGGGCAUGACCGGUUCACGCGUGCACUACGACUGCAACAGCGCCAACGGCGCCAACGACAACAAUGGCUGCACUGCCAAGAUGACCGACCAAACGAUUAGCUAUGGCUACCGGUUCAACCAGAACCAGGGCGGCGUCUACGCGUACCAGCGCGACAGCAGCGACCUCAAGAUUUGGUUCUGGAGCUCGCAGGACGCGCCGGCAGGUACCAAGCGCGACGACGCGCGCUCAGUCGACGUCACGACGUGGGGCAACCCCAGCGUCAGCUUCCCAUUCACCAGCACCUGCUCGGCUAGCCACCUCAACGACAACCAGAUCAUCACCAUGAAUCUCGACUUUUGCGGUGGCUACGUCGCCGGCAGGUGGGCCACCGACGGGUGCUCCGCCGUCGCAAGCGAUUGCAAUACGUACGUAUCCAACACUCCCAACCCGGAGGCGUACUUUGACAUCAACGCCAUCAAGAUCUACAUGCCCUAUUAACGCGCCAUUCAAACGUCGUAGAAAACCGGAUUGCUUCGCGCAUCUCUAGACUUCAGGAGUUAUCCUCUGGAGCAAUGUUCAUUAUAAUCUUUUUAUAUAUCGCUUCAUGGAAUCAAGGCACGGAUAGGACAACGAAGGGGGAACAAGCAUCGAUGGGAGAUUCUGGUCGUGCCUCGUCAUUAUUUGGGUUGUACCUAUCAUUGCAGCAGGAGGAAAGAAAUAGAAUCAUAC